GUUAACUUAAAACUGGAUAUAUUUCUUCAGAAAACUUCUUCAGAUAUAUUUCUUCAGGUUAACUUAAAACUGGAUAUAUUUCUUCAGAAAACUUCUUCAGAUAUAUUUCUUCAGGUUAACUUAAAACUGGAUAUAUUUCUUCAGAAAACUUCUUCAGAUAUAUUUCUUCAGGUUAACUUAAAACUGGAUAUAUUUCUUCAGAAAACUUCUUCAGAUAUAUUUCUUCAGGUUAACUUAAAACUGGAUAUAUUUCUUCAGAAAACUUCUUCAGAUAUAUUUCUUCAGGUUAACUUAAAACUGGAUAUAUUUCUUCAGAAAUAUUGACUGGAUCUGUAGAUUUCUUCUCUGACGUUUUCAAUUACAUAAGCAGACGUGCAGAAUUACAUGAACUAAAACAGCAUGCAGGUUAAGAAUUUUUAACCAGGGGUAGCACUGAUCUAGCUUUGAACAAUCGGCUCAUGGUCUGGGAACUCGACCAGUUUUUUUAUCUCCAUAUGUUGAUUUAUACAGACUUAUGCACAGUGAAGACAAUGACUUUUUGGCAUAAUAAAGCAAUCACCCCGUAGCAUCGCCUUGCCGAAUGUUGAAACAUUAAUACGCAAAAUUUCAAAUGAUUUGUGCAGUCCGAGCCGUCUCGACAUACAUGCAAUCGUAGCUCAUAGAUACAUUGAAGUUCGUACAUUCCAUGCAGACCAUGAUCUCGCCGACUAUGAGUACAAUAUACAUUGCGGUUUUCAUUAGAACUACUUGCAUGAAAAGAUAACAAUAUCUUCGAUGAUUCGAACGAACGCUCUUUAUCUACAGUUAAAGGGAAAUGGCAAUAUAAAUUUUUAUUUUCUCAUUUGAAAGAACUUUUGAAACUAUAUAUUAGAUAGCUUAAGAUCUACGACGUCGACGUUAGCUAGGACGUCAGGGCUAAGCAGAGGACUGGGACUACAUUAGGACGACAUCCUAGUCCCAGUCCUCUGCAUAGCCCUGACGUCCUAGCUGACGUCGACGUCGUAGAUCUUAAGCUAUCUAUUAACUUCUUUUACCAAUUUUUCAUAUCUUGCUUAGUUCUUGAAAUAUUUUCACUUGAAGUAAUGAGAUGUCCGCCAUCUUGGAUAAAUUUUUUUAUCUCAUUAACGGUAGUUUUGGUGACGUCACAACAGGGAUUAACCAUAUAAAAGUACUCGUUGCUGACCAAAUAUUGAUUGGUAGAUGUUUUAAAGGUUUUGAAUGAUCUUGAUAUUUCGAUGGGCAGACAGAUUAUAGUUUUGAGAGGAAAAUGAUUAGUGGUUAUCUAGAUAAAAAUAUUGCGUUACCCCUGUUGUGACGUGACAUACAUAUCUACAAAAAUUGAAGAUGGCGGACAUUUCCUUCCUUUCGAUCAAAAUAUUUGUAGAAGUAAGCAAGAUAUGAAAAAUCGGUAAAAGAGUAUCAUAUAUAGUCUCUAAAUAGUAAUAAUAAUUUCAAAUGAUAAAACAAAAAUAUAUAUUGCCAUUUCCUUUUAACUUCCGACCAUGGGUCUUCGCUUGAAUCGUCGAUGUUUUCUUUUUCCUCUUUCAGGUAAUUCUGAGUAUAAAAGUAUAAAAGAAUUUUUUCUGCAUUGUAGUUGUACUAGUAGUACUGUAUAGUUGUACUUGAGUGCUUGCUGCAAAAACACGUGCCAAACAUUUAAACUUCAACAUAUACUUGAAUAAACUCCGGCAUUAUAUCUGACAUGUGGUGUGUUCAAUUUUGUUUUGCAGGUCAAAGCAGUAUUUGGAUUGUAUGGAGGCAACAUCCGUUUUUCACUUGAUGCUGAAGGCAAAGACGGUAGGUUAUUAUAUAACUUGGUUUCUUUUCAACCGUUGUAAAAUUGCUUGACAAGUGAAAAAAAGGACGAAUAUAGAUCCCACAAUUAAUAAAAGGAAACUUUAAUAUUUAUAUACUGAAGUCUAAUCUGGCAUGGGCGUACGGGGUGGGACAGAAUGAAGUCAAAUAAAGUCGGGCAAAGCUUUAAAAGCCGCCCCCCCUGCGUACGCCUGUGUCAGCGUAGGUAGAUUGAAGAUACGACCGAUGGAUAUGGAUUCAACUACCUAUAAAUACAAGCAAAACCUCGACGUUUCGAAUGAAGACCCUUCGUCGACGAAUUGUUAUAUGUCAUUAAGAAACCUUGAAAAAAUCACUAUCCGCGGUGCAUAGCACUAGCGCGGCCCACGCAAAGGCCACGCAAGCCAUAGAACAACACAUAGCGACUGGGUACGAGGCAGCUAGCCUAAUCUAUUUUUCAAUCUAACAUGCAUGGUUCGUCAACUCAAUCCGUAUCUUAUGUGUGUUUAGUACUGUAGUAAGCUUAAUAAACAUUUUUCCUUUUAGAAUUACAAUCAGUGGAGUCUUCUGAACUAGCUGGAUCAACAAUUUAUGUUUUUACUAAAUGA